GAGCAUAUUAUGUCUAUGCGAAGAGCGAUCUCGCGAAUAAAAGUAAAGUAAAUUCCAAAGAAAUAACUAACAAUUUAAAGUGAACGUAGUGAAAUAUCGGAUCUAUAAUGGUUUUAAAUUUUUUAUUUACAAAGAGCAAAGUAUCUACGGUUCUACUUGAAUCUGUGCGGAAUGCCAGUAAGAAGACUGGCGGCAGCACGAAGAAUACGAAUUGCAAAGUAAAACCGAAGCACAGAGGAUGGAAGAAACAGGAUGGUCAUACUGUGCAGGCAGGGAACAUACUUGCGACACAAAGGACUCCUAGGUUUCAUCCUGGACUUAAUGUUGGAUUUGGUCGCAACGGCACACUGUUUGCCAUGGAGCCGGGUAAAGUGGUUGUGACAUGUGAGAAAUUUGAUCCUAACUGGGAGCACACAUGGGUCCAGCGGGUCUACGGAGGCCGGGAACAACAGACCAUCUAUAAGAAAUACUUUAACGUUAUCCCUGCACCACAGCAUCAGAGGUUCAAGCUGGUUGAUGAAGUAUAAAUCAUUUAAUAUGUUUGUGUAAAUAGUUUAUAUAGUAAUAUAGAAUUUGAGCUUAGUGUUGCAGUU